AUCCGGCAGCGGGGUGAACUGCUGCCGGGCUUUCCCUGGCGUGCGUUUCCUAGUCAUGGCUCCGGACUCGGGGCCCUGCCCCGACGGGCAGCUUUUGAAGCUGCUGCCGGUGGAUCCCCGGGACCGGGGCACGCAGCGCUGCCGCUUGGGGCCGGCCGCCUUCCGCACCCUGGGCGCGCGCCUGGGCUCGCCGCUGAGGAUCUCCUUGCCAGCCGGCGGCUGCUGCCUCUGUACGGCCUGGCCGCGGCGCGACGGGGCGGACGGCUUUGUGCAGCUGGACCCGCAGUGCGCGAGCCCCGGAGCCGCGGCGGCCGCGGGGAGGAUCGGUAUGGACUGCUUGCAACCGGUGCCCUGUCCGCCCCUGCGGCGCCUAGAGGUGUGGCCGGUGCUGCGGCCGCAGGCGGGAGCUCCGAGUUCCGCCGCGGUGCUGGAGGUAGCGCAGGAGCUGCUGCGCAACCGGCCGGUGUCGCGGGGACACGUGGUGGCCACCCCGCCGGGCGUCCCCGGCCCUGUAGCUGCGCUGCACGUGGUGGGCGGGACACCGGACCCAGAGCCCGCCGGGUGGGUCACUCCGCAUACCGGCAUCACGCUCAGCGACAAGCCUCCGCCACAGGUCGAGCCUCCGGGGGAGGUGACCCUUGGGGGCCUGUCGGAGACGGCCGACUCUCUGAGAGAGCUGCUCCGCCUGCCGCUGCGCUAUCCGCUCGCCUUAGCUGCGUUAGGGCUGGCGGUGCCCCGCGGGGUGCUCCUGGCGGGACCCCCGGGAGUGGGCAAGACUCAGUUAGUGCGGGCCGUGGCCCGCGAGACCGGCGCCGAGCUGCUGGCGGUGAGCGCCCCGGCGCUGCAGGGCUCCCGGCCCGGGGAGACCGAGGAGAACGUGCGGCGCGUCUUCCAGCGCGCCCAGGAGCUGGCCAGCCGCGGGCCCAGCCUCCUCUUCCUGGACGAAGUGGACGCCCUGUGUCCCCGGAGAGGCGGCUCCCAGCGAGCUCCCGAGAGCCGCGUGGUGGCCCAGGUGUUGACGCUGCUGGACGGCAUCCACGGGGACAGAGAGGUUGUGGUCGUGGGAGCCACCAACCGGCCAGACGAGUUAGACCCAGCGCUUCGCAGGCCGGGGAGGUUUGACAGAGAGGUUGUCAUUGGGAUGCCCACACUAAAACAAAGAGAGGCAAUUCUGCAAGUGAUUACUUCAAAGAUGCCCGUCUCCAGUCAUGUAGAUUUAGGUCUCCUGGCAGAAAUGACGGUUGGCUAUGUCGGUGCUGACCUGACAGCACUCUGUAGGGAGGCUGCCAUGUGUGCCCUUCUCAAGAAUGAGAAGGACCAAGACAGUCCUAAAAUUGAGGAAACAGAUUUUCUUGAAGCUUUUAAAAAGAUUCAGCCCUCAUCAUUUCGAAGUUCCAUUGGCCUGAUGGACAUCAAGCCUGUUGGCUGGGAGCAGAUAGGUGGACUUGAAGACGUAAAAUUGAAGUUACAGCAGUGUGUUGAGUGGCCUCUAAAGUUUCCUCAGGAGUUUGCCAGGAUGGGUCUGACACAGCCAAAGGGCCUUCUCCUGUAUGGUCCCCCUGGAUGUGCUAAAACUACUCUGGUGAGGGCCCUGGCCACAGGCUGCCACUGCUCCUUCGUGUCGGUGUGUGGGGCUGAUCUCUUCUCUCCUUUUGUUGGAGACUCAGAAAAAGUCUUGUCUCAGGUAUUUCGACAAGCAAGAGCCAAUACUCCAGCGCUUGUGUUUUUGGAUGAAAUUGACUCAGUCUUGGGGUCUCGCUCAGUCGGCACCUUGGGAUGUGAUGCCCAGGAGCGAGUUCUUUCAGUUCUGCUGAACGAGCUCGAUGGUGUGGGAGUUAGGACGGUAGAGAGAAGAGGGAGCAAAGCCAGCCGACAGGAGUGUCAAGAAAUUCUUAAUCAGAGUGUCAUGAUUGUUGUGGCAACAAAUAGGCCUGAUGUGUUAGACGAUGCCUUGUUACGGCCUGGAAGAUUAGAUAAGAUCAUCUACGUCCCCCCUCCUGAUCGAGAGGGCAGGCUUUCUAUUUUAAAAGUCUGUACAAACAACAUGCCAAUAGGACCUGAUGUUUCACUAGAAAACCUAGCAGCAGAAACCUGUUUUUUCUCUGGAGCUGAUCUUAGAAACCUCUGCAAAGAAGCUGCCUUGUUUGCUCUGCAAGAAAGCGGACUGGAAGCAACCACAGUGAAACAGGAGCACUUCACAGAAGCACUCAAGACUGUGAAGCCGUCCUUAACUCCGGAAGAGUUGACUUUCUACGAAAACUUAUUUAAGAAAGGACUUUCUAACUUGGAAGAUCAUUAAAUUUUUAUUUUAUUCAGUUUUUUCAUAUGAAAUGGCUUGCAACUUCACACUUUCAUGAGGGGGGAAGGGAUAGGGAACAGGAAGAGAGAGAGAGAGAGAGAGAGAGAGAGAGAGAGAGAGAGAGAGAGAGAGAGAGAGAGAGAGAGAGAGAGAGAACUUGAUUGAUAAGGACCGUCUUACUUCUAGAAGAUAUAUUAAAAACCAUAAUGAAAAUCAUAUGUGUGAUUUUGUUAGGAUAAUUAUUUUUGUUUGGUCAUCUAUGACUUUGAAGUAUUUCAUGCUUACAGGAGAGUUGAGGGAACAGAACAGAGCUCUUUGGCAUGCUCUGACCCGGGUUCUCCACUCUAGCAUUUUCUCACAUUUGUCUUUGCUUCUCCUCCACACACACACCGUUUUCUUAACAGCUUGGGACUGCACUAGAGCCUUGAGUCACUUAGUCUUGGGGAUGACACUGAGAAGUGUGCCAUUAGGUGGUUUUGUUGUGAAUGUCAUGGAGUAGUGUGGUUAUUCCAGCAAGAUAGUGACACCACCAGGUGAGAUGAUUUGGGGAGUUCGCUCUCAUACAUGCCUGUCCCCCAAACAUACAGUUCAUGGCCAUCCAUGCAUAAUGCUCCAUUAUAGCUAGUGCUGAGCACGUGUGCCACACAAAUAAAACUGCCUUAUGUGAUAAUUAACUCACAAACUCCGGAAAGCUUAACAUCAACAGCUGUAUUUUAAUGUAGUCGGUGUAUUCUCUCUGUCCCAGUGAUGGUCUUUCCUGUCAGAUGAUUUAGUCUGGGAUUACACACUGAGUUUAGUUGUCAUGAGUCUUCCAUGUCUUAACUUGGAUACAAUUCUCAGUCUCUCUUGGCCUCAACAUCUUUGAGAAAUGUAGAUCAAGGUUUUAUUGUUUGUCUGUUUGUUUAUUUUUGUUGAACAGUCAGCCCUGGUUUGUAGUGUUGUAGUGUUUGUUCUGAUCACUCAGUGUUGUUUAGUUUCUCUAUUAUACACGUAACUUUCUCCCUUUUAUAUGUAAUUUGAGGUCAUAGAUUUGUCUUUGUGUUUUUAUUUUUAUAGAAGCAACUAAAAAUUAAAAACCCUUUGCUAUUUAA